GGAGGCGGGGCUGGGGCCUCCUUAUCUCCAGAGCCAGCCUUGCUCCCUGACGCGGGGCCCCUCAGUCCGGGCUCUUUGCCAUGGGGCCUCUGUUCCCCAUCUCGCUGCUGGUUUUGCUGACCGCCGCGUCUCUGGGAGGCGGGAGCGCGCGGAGGCGCCGGGCGGCGCGGGCGCCAGGCCCCGGGGGCAGCUCUCCGGCGCCCUCGGGGACCUCAGCGCCCUUCUGGGUGCGCAUAAGCCCCGCGUUCGUGGCCGUGCCACCCGGGAGCUCAGUGUGGCUCAACUGCAGUAGCAGCUGCCCCCUGCCGGACGGGUCCAGCCUCCGCACGGGGCUGCGGCGCGGCCAGACGCUCGGGGGACCGGGCUGGGUAUCCUACCAGCUGCUGGACGUGAGGGCCUGGAGCUCCGACGUGCUCUGCCUCGUCACCUGCGCGGGAGAAACGCGGGGGGCCACGGCCAGGAUUAACGCCUACAAAGAGCCGCGCAGCGUGAUCCUGGAGCCUCCGGUCCUAGUGGGCAGUGAGUACACUCUGCGCUGCCACGUGACGCAUGUGUUCCCCGUGGGCUUCCUGGUGGUGACGCUCAGGCGCGGCGGCCAGGUCAUCUACUCCGAGAGCCUGGAGCGCUACAAGGGCUUGGAUCUGGCCAAUGUGACGCUGACCCACGCGUUUCGCGCCAGGCCCCACGACCUCUGGCAGCCCGUGACCUGCCACGCGCGCCUCGAUCUCGACGGCCUGGUGGUCCGCAGCAGCUCGGCACCCAUCACGCUAACGGUCCUCGCUCUGAGCCCCGCGUCCAAAGCCGUGGCCUCCACGUCCAUCGCAGCCCUUGUGGGGAUCUUUCUCGUCAUGGGGGUCGCCUACCUGCGAAAGUCCCUGGCGAUGCAGUCCCGGUCGUAGCGAGGGGUGGUCCACGCCGG